AUGCCUGUCGCUCUCCUAAACUUAUGUUUCUUUCUGUUGGUGUUGAAUAUAGAGUCUGCAGUCUCUGUCUGUGACAUCAGAGUGCAUACGAUCAAUUUCGGGUGCCAUCUUGAGUGGGAUUGCACUGAUGCCAACCCUAAGACGACUUACACGGUCUUGAGCAAGCAAAAUACAUCAUGGGUAAAUGUUUCAGGCUGCAUCCAGAUUUCCCAGCAAAGCUGUGAUCUGUCAGAAGUCUUUCCUACCUUAGACAUCUACAACUUCAUCAGACUGACAUCUGAGCUUCUCUGGCUGAAUGAAACUUGGAAUUGCACCCCUUUAAAUGACCCUGCUGCCAAAUUCAGCCCGCCCUCCAUAACAAUCUCCAUGGCCAAUGGAAGUCUCUGGGUGACGGUAAAUUUUCCAUGUGCUCCAUCCAUAAGCUGCAGUUCUGAAGGUGAUAAUGAAUAUUAUGAGGAAGAGGAGGAGAUGGGAUGCUCCUGUCCUGUAACUGAUUUUUCUAAAAUUCUCUGGGCAACAGUCACUCUAUACAAUGAACAGAAUCUCUCAGACAAACAGGCACACACCGCUGAAGUGAUGCGUGAAACCCCAUUCAAGGUGGAAUUUGGUUUUCUUACACCAGGGCAAGUGUACUGUGCUGUGGCCAACUUCACAUUUGAGGGUGUGCUGGUCUCUUCUCCCCCGAGCAUCCCGCAGUGUGUUUACAUACCAGCAAAUAACGGUGUGCGUUCUUCAGAAAGCCUUAUAGUCGUGAUUGUGUGUGCUGUUCUCAUCACUCUUGGCUUAGUAUUUCUUCUGGUCUGGAGACGGUGUGCAUCUUCUGAACGUCCCCUGCCCAGAUCUUUGGCUUUACUUCGAGACCUGGAACUUCAGAACGAGACUUUCGUUGACUCCAGUAAAGCUGCACCACACAACGAGAGCUCUGAGGGUGACCACGUUUCUGUUGUUUCCCACUCAUUUCACUUCACACUCAUGGACAACCAGUCUUCUUACUACAACACCCAAAGUCUGGCCAAUGGCUAUUACACAAGCCCCAUCCUGCACAAUCCAGACUGCACUGAGGAGUCUGAAGAGUUGAGCACAGAAGUCCAACAUGAUGAGUUCCAUCUGUUACCAUCACAUCCAAUUCUAGAAACACAGGUGGGAUGUCCAUAUCAGAAUCAUUUACCGUCACCCAGAAACAUCCCUCUGAGCUCCGUGCGAGUUGAACACACUCAACAGGACGAGACAUCAUGUGGGAAAAACUGA